AUGCAAAGAUAUGUGACAAUAUGUAAAGGACGGACAAAGAUUGAGACACUCAUGGAGAAAAUCCCAUGGUACGUCUUUGUACUCGCACAUUGGGGUGUUUCCUUCGCGACUAUUGCACCAUCGGUAACGUUUCUCAAUGUAACCUUUGCCUCAAAGGAAAACCUGACACUGGUGUCUGAUCGACAUCAUUCUCAGCGGUCUAGUGCUUGCCCUUCUUCUGGUUUCCAGUCUCUAUAUGUGCUUACUCUCCUUACCUUGGCACAUUGCUUUUCCGCUACUAAAACAAGUGUAUGUGCUGUUAAAUAUCAUUUUGUCAUGCAUACACCCUUGGACUUACUUUGCGUUCAACGGUGA